AUGUUUGACAUCUACACUUUAGCUGCACAGCUCAUCGGAGGCGUUGUGAUUAUACUUCUUGCCAAUGUUGCCUCGAUGAAAUCUCGCAAUGUACCGAAGACACUCUGUGAUACAUUAUUCUCCCUCAUUAAUUACGUUCGAGCUGUAUUUAACCGCGAACAAUUCGACCAACAGAGUAAUCCUUUGACAAGAGCGCAAGUCACUGCUACAUUUCCGCAAGGAACAUGGCAGCGUAAUGCCUAUGAAGACUAUAGGGCAGUUCUUCUCGAUGAAGAAUUAAUAUUCCCCUGCGUCUACGCUACAAAGGGCUUUAAAUCAGAUGACCAGCUCUAUCUGUUCAUCGACUCGGAUGACCUGUCAGACCCACGCCAUAUCCGUACUAUUGCCAAGGGGCUUUCCAUAUACCUCCCUCAAGCUCACCAGCUUGGCCCCAACACCUCCCUCGUUCUUCUUGCCAAGCAAAAUGAGAUCAACUCACGAACAGUGGAGGAAUACAAUUCUUUGUUCUGGGAACUCCUCAACGGUCUCGCCAAGCUUGAUGACAAACCCUGGCCUUCAGACGUACCCCGGGACAUUGACACGGACAAAUGGUGCCUCUGCUUUGGCGGAGAACAAUUCUUUACUGUCAUCCAAACCCCGGCCCACGAAGUGAGGCGCACGCGUUACGCGCCCGGAGUGACCAUGGUUUUCCAGCCAAAGUGGAUUUUUGACAUUCUCUUCAGCACAGAUGCAAAGCGCGCGGGUGCGCUUGCAAAAGUUCGUGCCCUCCUCGCCAAGUAUGAUCCUAUCCCUGUCAGCCCCGAGCUGAAGAACUACGGCGACGAAGGAUCGCGGGAGUCCAAGCAGUACUUCUUGCUGGAUGAGAAUGUUCCGGCGCCAUGUCCAUAUGACAAGCUCAGUGACUCUGAGGUUAUUUCCGCGUAA